AUGGCUUCUGAGCCUGCUGAAGCAACGUUUGCCUUCCCUCCGGCAUUAUCAAGGGAACAGGAAGAUGAAUUUCGAGAUCUUGACCGCGAACAUGGUCCAGAAUUUGCGUUAUCGCGUACGGCCACCGCUGUAAGUGGACAUUGGACUAUUGCUGCCCUAGAACGGACGUACACCGAGCGGGGCAUACAAGUCGUGAAUUUUGAAAAGGGUAAAGGCGAAGACCCUAGAGAGUGGACCAAGGCUAAAAAAUGGUUCGUCACGUUUACUACUGCAUUCCUUUGCACGUCUGCCGCUCUUGGCUCGUCUAUCGUUACGGGAGAUAUGAGUGGACCAGUUCCCGACUUGCACACCACACAGGAAAUCGUCAAUUUAACGGUAACAUGUUUUGUUAUCGGCUUUGGAAUUGGUCCAUUAUUUUUCGCGCCAUUAUCUGAAGUCUCAGGGAGACGUCUGCCGUACAUGCUUAGCAUGUUAUUCUUCUUUAUCUUCACGCUACCCAGUGCGCUCGCGAGAAACGCCGCGACACUAGUCAUUGGAAGGCAAUUGGCAGGGUUGGCCGCGUCAGCCCCCAUUUGCAAUGUUGGUGGAAGUAUGGCUGAUAUAUGGGCUAUUGAGGAACGUGGUAUUCCUAUGGCCACGUUCUCAUUUGCAAUCUUUAUUGGACCCUGCUUAGGACCUAUCCUUGGAUCGUGGAUAGGCCAAGAGGUCGGAUGGCGAUGGAUCUAUUGGGUUUUGUUCAUUUUCACUGGAUGUGCAACUGUCUUGACACUAUUCAUGCCCGAGACCCUCGCUUCUGCUUUGCUCAAGAAAAAGGCAAAAAAGUUACGCCAGGAGACGGGAAAUUCCAACUAUCGCACAUUGGAAGAACUUGAGGGCCCAUCUUUCGGUGAAUUGAUGAAGACCGCAUUAUGGAGACCAUUAGAGAUGCUUUUCACUGAGCCAAUUCUUGCCUUCAUGACGAUCUACCUCUCGUUCAUCUACAGCAUUUUAUAUCUCCUGUUUUUCGCUUUUCCGAUAGCUUUUGUCGAGAUCCGAAACUUUUCCGCUGGACUUUCAGGAGUCACUUUCGUCAGCAUCAUGCUUGGUAUUUGCCUUGCAAUGGUGUUAAUGCCCUUCCAGGAAAAAAUAUACAAUCACAUCACUCGCUUUGGCGCAUUCCCUGAGGCAAGAUUGUUCCCCAUGAUGCUUGGAGCAAUUGUUUUACCAUCUGCUCUCUUCGUCUUUGCUUUCACCGGUGCGUACUCCUGGGUCCACUGGAUGGGAGUUUGUGUUGCCGGAUUUAUGUUCGGCUUCGCUCUCCUCAUUAUUUACAUCUCGGGCAACUCGUACAUCGUUGACAGCUACAGCGACUAUGCUGCGUCCGCUAUCGCUGCUAAAACCCUUGUUCGUUCGGAGAUUGGCGCUAUGGUCCCGCUAUACGUUAAUCAGAUGUUCAAUAACAUGGGCUUCCAAUAUGCGGGAUUGUUGUUGGCGCUGGUCGGUGUUCUUAUCGCCCCCAUACCGUUCAUCUUCUACAGAUAUGGGGAACAUAUUAGAAGCAAAAGUACAAAGGCAUCACAGGCGAAAAGAAGACAUUUCGCUGAGGAUAUCGAGAAGAAAGAGUUAGACGCCGAGACCUGA